AUGACGGCGCAAGUAGAGACCAUGACGGCCACCGACGAAGGGCAGGAGACGUUUGCCAAAGGGGAGCAAGAGCGCAUGCUUGAGUUCGAGAAGAUCAUCAAGUUUCGCGAUACCAUCACCUCUGGGAAGCACCCCAGAAUCAAGGUUCCUACACACCUACUGCCCGCGAAUCCUGCCGCCGUGACCUCGAGCACCCGACCGUCUGCCUCCCGUUCAAACGUCGACCACGACGCGUCUGUGACCCAGCCGACAGAACCUGACACAUCGUUGAGCAAGCCGCUGUCAAGGAAUGCUAUGGCACAUCAGGAAAACGGUCAGAAGUCGGCUGGGAUGGCGAUAUUUCCAGGCUUGGGCCUCGUUCCCACAGCGCCUGCCGCCAUGACUGCUAGGUCGAUCGCUGGAGGCAAUGGCCGGGAGCUCGCAGGCACAGAGAGAUCUCGUAUUGGCGAGGCACUUGUGGGAGAGCCUGUGGUUUCUGUUCCCACACAUUUCUCUCUACGGCGAGCAGAUCUGGAAAAAGCUCUGCUUGAACAGGGAAAGCUGCAGGCCAGUAAAGAUGUCCAGCUCAAAGAAGCGCUGCCGGACUUCGACAUCAAUGAUGUCUGGCAAAAGGGCCUUGCCUGCGAACGGACUUUUACACCGGUGCCAGUGGUGACUCUGGGGAGUUUAGCUAACUCGAAGGGCACAGCUACAGCUGCAUCGGCAGCAGUGACUGUUGGUUCUGACAGAAACGAUUUGUCCGAUAAUAAGACGUUCUACUCGUCUAAUUUUAGCACACCAGAGUUCGGCUUGACGGCCCGCAUCCCUGUCGAAUCCGUCAACGAAGACGUGUCUAUGCAAGACAGUUCGGAUUAUGAGCCGGAAUUGGAUGUUGUGCCCUCGCCUGUCGCAUUUGCCCAGGCCUUGCCGGCGAGCAGGCCGGACCAACUGCAGCAGUUACGGCAGUCUCAGCAGCCGCCACACAUAUUGGCAGGACGGCCCUUGCAGGCGCCUACAGCGUACGGCUCAGGCUAUCCGGCGCUGUUGCCUGCAAUCCCUUCUCAAGGUAACAGUGGCGCCUCAAAUCCUGCCGUCUUGCAACAGCAGUGGAAUGCUACCCAGCUUGGACAGACUGGGAAUGACAUGCCUAGGGUGAGCGGGCAGACAAGCACAGGUUCCGGCGAGGCAGUCUUUCGGCAAGCUGGUGAGGAACCGCAGCAGCCCCCGUCGCCCUUUGUACGCGCCCAUGACCUGUCACCCUUAGCUCCUCAGCCAACCCACGCUGCGGCGCUGGCUGUCGAGCAGCUAUCGUCGGUGCUACAGCGUGGACAGCUGGAAAACCGGGGCACCCCUGCCCAGAUUGCGGUGUUGAGAAGGGAGCAGGCCGGUCAAUCUAGCCCAGAUAGCUCACCGCAGACAGCAGGAAGUCGGGCAACAGACAAAAAGAGAGGGAACAAGAGGAACAACAAGCGGAAGGCAGAUCAGGCUGCGACGUUGCCAAACAUCAAGCAAGAGCCCAAGUCUCCAUCACCAAUAGUGGUACCGCCUGUGCAACGGGCACCCAAACGGCAAAGACAUGCUACCCGGCACGGACAUGACGGCGUUCGGGCUCAGAUUGGACAAGAACACGGCGUCCGCGGUAGCUACGCAAUGCCGGGGCCACCGCUUCAAGACGACCGAGUACCUGUGGUCUAUGAGCGUGCUGCUGCCGAGCGCUAUAUGCGGCCGGGAGGUGUCGCGUCUCGCCCUGCUGACUUGCAACCGGAGCCGCAGCGACAACUGCAGCGAGACUGGGAAGUGUACGAUAGCCGGCAGCCCAACCCCGCUGCGCAAUAUGCCCCAAUUGUCCGUCCGCCUUCCGGCUCGCUAGUCUAUGCGCCAGAGCAGUCGAGAACGGACAUGCGCCCUGUCAGGGCAGCCUCCCACGCGCUUGUCGAGGUGGCAUCGGGGUAUUCGCGCCCUACACAUGGUAGCUAUGCGAGUGUGUACGAACCUGGGCACAUGAGUGUGCGGCCAGAGCCUAUCAUUCUUACGCGGUCCGGAUCACCAAUAUCUGCUAUGGCACCGCCGGCGGCACGGAUUCAGUACCAGCAUCCCCAAGAGCUGCUGCCGUCACCAGCGCGCGUUGUCGUGGAUGAGUACGGCCGUGAGUACAUUGAGCCACCCAAAUACGCGGUUCGCCAGUCGGCUGGGUCUCGAUAUGAGCCAGAGCUCAUCUAUGAGCGAGCUGUUCCUGCUGCGCUGCAGCAGCCGCUCCGUGCAGGAUCACAUAUGUCCCUAGCCUACGAAGAUGAUAGGAGUAUCUACCGAAGAGCUUCGCCAACAUUCAUACAGCCCAGAAGAGUGAUCACACAGCCGGAAUACGCGACGUACGAACAAAGGGAAUACUCAGUGCUUCCUGGCGGGCGUCCAGGCGAAGAAUAUGCGAAUCCACGGUCGCCUCCUCCGGCACUGCUGCCCCCGCAGUAUGAGAGGAGGCAUGUGGUAGAAGAGCCUCAGCGGGAGUAUAUGAUCAGGGCCCCUACUACGCGGCCGCCGGAACCGUUACGAUACGAGGUGGCGCAACCUGGCGGAUAUAUGGAGAGAGUGGGCAGCGUCCGGCCACCUGAUGCAGUCCCGCUGGGACCGCUGGGACAUGAUUUCGGUAGAGCAGGCUUCGACAGCCGUCCUCGGGAACAGCCGACUAUCAGCGCAUAUGUUGGAGGUAAUGAGCCGGUGGCGAGAGAGUACAGCGUUCGGCCCGAACAACAGCAACAGCAGCAGCAGCAGCAACAACAACAACAACAACAACAGGCAGCUCUACAGAGAGCAUACAGCGUUCGGCCGGGCCAAACACCGUACUAUGUGGAACAGCCGGAAGGAGGGUCCAUGCCAGGCUACAUCUACCCGAACGGAGCUCGGCGAGACGUGUAUCAGUGA